AUGACGCAGCAGCAAAUGGUUCAACUCAGCAAGCAGGCGGGUGCGAAUCAGCAGUGGUUUACCACGCCGAUGCUGGCACCUGGCGCACGCCAGAACGACAGUUCGUUGGUUUGGUAUCCAACGGUGAGGUUGUUGUUCCGGCAGCCGCUUCCAGAGGCAUGGUCUUCAACCAACGAAAUUUUGUGUGGCCAGAUCUCGGUGGAGGUAAUGGCCUUGACGGGGGAUCUUCUGCGCGAUGGCAACUUGGGUGAGAACGGCCGCGUUUAUGUCGUGGACAGCUCCGGAGCGGUGCUGUCUGCGCUCGACCUCCAGGACACGAUCACGAUGACCAGGACUGGAGCAUUGCAGUUCAGGCACAUCACGGAGAUGGGAUCCUUUGGCAAUCUGGUUGCAAGCGCCUUCAAAGGCAGCAUGAUCGAGGAGAUGCAGGUGAAGGAGGGCUCCCUGGCCGCUGUAGUGCAGCCGCUGCGGUCUCCCUUGGAGAUGUUUGCCGUCGUGGUCGUUUCCCGGUACGAGAACACCGAUUUCCAGGAUCAAUCGAUCGUGGAGUCCAUGUCGGUGCUUCUGACAUUUGCCUCCUUGCCGUACAUCAUCGUGACGGUCACAUUGACGAUCGUCUUUGUGUCCGCCAAUUCGGGAAUGCAGCUGAGCAAGAUGUCCAUCGCCCGGAUAACAGGGGCUGCCACAAGCCUCGCCAGCCGACGGCGGAACAG